UCCUUACUUCCAGAUAUUUAAUUUCAUUAAUUGCAGGUCUGACUUCUCGUGUAUACGCAGCGUCCUCGCGGGUUUUGCUACGCGGGGACACUGAUCGUGGCUUCACACGGACUUUCCGGGACUUGAGCAAGCGGGCGGUGAGGAUUGGGAAGCACAAACUGUUUUCACAUUCUGGCUCGAGCUGUGAUUUUAUUCUUCUGGAUUUACCUGCACGGUUGUUAUCCCAUCCUGGGGGCGAUGUUGGCUCAGAGGGGCCCCCACCCGCCUGCCCCCCUCCAGCUAUUGCCCCUCGCCCAGUGCCCGCUAUUAAUCCGGAGCAGCCCUCCCCGCUGCAGAUCUGCCGGGGCCGAUAAUCCCGUCGCAAGCUGUCCCUUCCACCCCCGGAGGGGCCUGAAUUAGGUCAGCCGGCUUUACAUUCGCGUUUUAUUUACUUAUCUACAUUUUUGUUGCCGGGGGGGCGGCGUGCACAGCCUCCCCGGGCGGAGCCGGGCGGGGGCGGGAGCUCCGCAGCUUCAGCCGAUGGCAGCGGCUGCCCGGCGGCGGGUGCCAGCGGCGGCCGGGCCAUGGCGCGGAGCCGGGCGGCGUACGAGUACACGGAGGCGGAGGACAAGAGCAUGCGGCUGGGCUUCCUGCUCAUCGCCGCCGGGCUGCUCUCCCUGCUGGGCCUGGGCUGCUGCUGGCUGCGCCCGGCGCUGCAGGAGCGGGGCGGCGGCGGCUCCGCCAACUGCACGGUGCUGGCGGUGCGGCAGCUGGGCGAGCGGUUCGCCUGCACCUUCUCCUGCGGGGCCGCCUGCCGCGGCACGGCCCGGUACCCCUGCCUGCAGGUCCUGGUCCGCACCUCCCGCUCCGCCGCGCCCGCGCUGCUGCACGAGGACGAGCGGCAGCUCCGCUCCAACCCCAAGUGUUCGUACAUCCCUCCCUGCGCAAGAGAUGAUCAGGAGAACUCUGAGAACGUCACAUACAAGCAGAAAUACUGGAAAGAGAAAGUGGGUUCACAACCAUUUACAUGCUAUUUUAACCAGCACUUGAGGCCAGAUGAUGUGAUGCUGAAGCGCACCCAUGAUGAGACUGUCCUCUUGCACUGCUUCCUCUGGCCUCUGGUUACGUUCCUGGUUGGAGUCCUCAUCGUGGUCCUGACCAUCUGUGCCAAGAGCUUGGCUGUCAGGGCAGAGGCAAUAAAAAAGAAGAAGCAUUUAUAAAUGGCAAGGCUGCUGGUGGAAAAGGAAAACCUGCAAGAAGGUCUCAAGUGGGGCAACCUGACACACCUGCAGGUCUGUGGGGCACCCAGCUGCACCUCCUUCCAGCGUCUCAUCUGAUGGUGGAGUUGCUCUUGCCUCAGGAUUAUUCUUGGGAGACUGCCCCAUGAAAUGUCAGCUAGUUGCUUCUUCUGCUAUGGCAGUAAAUAAGUAUAUUCUACCAAAAAAAAAAUAAUUCUACACUGCACCAAAUAUGCUGUGUGCUGUUAGUCCUGAACAGCAGCUACCCAGGUCCUAGUGGUAUUGAGAGACAGUUUAUAAAAACCCCUGAUGAUGCUCAUUUCAUCUCCACAAAAUUAUCUUUACUAUUGUUUAAUAUUAAAUAUUUAAAAUAUUUACUUUACGAUAUAUGGUAUUUGCAAAAUAAUAAAGUUUGGUUGCUUGGGGUUUUUUUUAACCUUUUAAUUCUUUUUUUAAAAACAGCUUUAAGACAAAAAUAAUACUGCCGAUUUUGGGUUUUUUCCACUGUGUAGAACUUAAUUUUAAAAUUCAGACUUUAACUUCUGUCUGGGUGAAAUCUUUCCUCACCACCUGUUUAUUGUGAAGGAAUGUAGAAAUCUCUCAGAAAUACUUCUCCAAAAAAUGAAACAGUUAUCGGAAAAGGUGAUUAAAUAUUGGAUCUAAUUUUAUUGCCUGGGUGGUAUUCAGUCUCUACAGUUUUUCUUGUGUCCUUUCCAGUACUCUCUUCAAAAUGCUCUCAGGCUGUAAGGAGCAGGGAUUUGGAGUGCUUUUACAGCAAUAUGUUUUACCAGCAAUUUCCCCAAAUAGUGGUGUGUCUGAGCACUUGCUGAGGGGAGCCUGUGAGCCGUGGUGUGACAUGUCACCAGACUCCGGGGAUGGCUGAAGAAGGACAUCAACUCUGUAGGGCUGUGGGUGUUUGCUGCUGAACUGCUCACCAAAGUCGUGCCAGGUCCAUGCAGGGCUUCAAGGGGAUGCUGCAGAAAAUGCAAGGCAGGCUCGGCGUGGCAUCUUGCUGGAUCGCCUUUCUGUGCUUGUCGCAGUUCCUCGUUGUGUAAGGUGGGAGUACUGGUCGUAGUCCACUUGCUCAGUGCAGAGAUUUCUGUAUUUCUGGCAGUUUCCCCAAGCACAUCCAUUGCAUGCUGUAGCCAGGGGCUGAGACCAGAGCAGCUUCGUGGCACUCAUCCUCACCCCUGCAGAGCUGGGCACCCCUGGGACCCGCUGUGCGGCUUUGCAGGGUUGGCAUACAGCAGAGAAGAAAAGCUGUGUGGCUCAGUCAGGAAAGUGAGUCUCUCAGCAUGUGAUUACUGGCAAAGCAUUUUAAUCUACAUUAACAGUUCUACAGCUCUAACCAUACUGUUCAUUGUACUAAUCUCUGAUACUCUUAGCGUUAUGUUUAAAUACCUUGUAUUUUGUUGUGCUUUUAACACAUAGGAGAUGUAUUUCCUGAGGAUGAGAAAAGUGCUAGAUCUGAAAGCCUGAAAGCUUUGUUGGCACAAGGCACAGUAACAAACCUGCUUGUAUUGCCCAGCGUCUCUCUCAGAUUAAUUGCAUUGUGUGUUUAAGAAUUGAUUUCCAUAAGGCUUCUUACUUUGUAAACUUCUACGCGUCAUUGUGCCCAGUGAUGAGGGCAGCAGGGCAUCAUUCUUCACUCCCCUGCUUACUUGCUAUAUGAAUUUUGGAGAGUCCUCUGGUCCCAAUCCACGCUGGAAUAGCUGUUCCUUUGAAGAAAGUUAAGGAAAUCUGUUUCUGAAGGCAGGAACUUGAUGCUUCUUGGCUAGUUGCUCUGUAUGAAAAAUCUAAUUGGGUGUUGGUUGCAUAUGUUCAAGCACGUCCACUUCUGUGGAUGAAAAAUGCUACUUGUAUGAAAGAUUUCCAGUUCUCUCUGUUAAACAUCAUGCCUUUGGAGGUGCCUGUUGUUAGGCUCGUACAGAUACCUUCUGCUGGCUCAGCCUCUGAAAAGCUACCUGGAUAUACCUGAUGAAGAGAGGUGGUGAGCUCUCAGCCCAUCAUCUGAAAGCCUGCCAACUUGUGGAAGUGCUGUCCUGCAAAGGACACGGGUUUUCAUUUCACUCGUGUCUCACUGCUGUGCUCUUGCUUGCAUCCUCUGCGAUUCUCUUGCCUUGGCAACCCACAGAAACGUUGCACACGUGCACACGUGUAUUUUUUUAUAUGUAUAUAAUACUUCUUUACACUCUGCAAAUCCCAGAAAGCUGCCUUUGUGGGGUGGUUUGGUUAUCUGGGUGAGGUGGUGGCAAAUUCUCCUCCUCCAUUUCCCCUUGGUAACUUCUUACAAGCAAGAGGAAUAACCCCGAUUUUCUACAUAUACACACCCAUUGUUUUCCCAAGGGAGAAGGAUAUACAUGAUGACACAGAUUCAGCAUGGAUUUUUAAGACAGUAGCUUGGGGCUUUCAAAUCCAGAUUAACAAAAUCCCCUCUAGCUUUGCUCCAGAAGCUUUUGUGACUGACUUGUACAGCUGGCUCUCCGAGCAAAAGGCAAGAAGCGUAUUGAAUGGAUGCAGCUCACUUGAUAGGCAAUCACAUCCUUAAAUCUGUUAGAAAUGCCAUUUGCAAAGGCCUCUGGAAAUAAGUAAUGGUUACAAAGAUGAUAUUAAAUAAUUUUGCAGAGAGAUUAACAUCCCAAGUUAAACGCCCAAGUUGGCAUGCAAAGACAGGCAGCAAAUAUCUCCUGGGCAUGGUAGUAUGUGAUGCUAAGGGGGGAAAAAAUAAUCCUAAAAUUCACUCUUCUGUCCCAGCCUGCACCUCGUUGAUUUAGAAAUGUCUUUCUAAUCCUCAUACUUGAUUGUGGAAGAUGGGGAUUUCCUUCCAGCGGAUUAUUCACUGAUUUCCCCCUUGGCUUUGUGGAUUUCCAGUUUUUAAGGCAUAGUCUCUGAAGUGUAUUUGCAGCCAGAGUGGCUGCUUUUUCCAGAGCCAUCUGCAGAGUCGACUUUUGCAUUUUAUUCAAUAUUUAUAUGCUAUUGCUUUGAGGAAUUUUGUUCCAUCAUGCUGUCUGCUGCUUUGCUUCAGCAAGAUCUGCCUUCUCUUUCAUGUAGUGCAAUUAAAUCAUUUUGUUUAUACAGUAUCUUUCUCUGUUAGCUUCUUAGGCUUCUUUUUUGUUGCACUUUUCCUGCUUUGUGUGUUUCUGUGUUGCCAGUAACAGGCAAGAUUUCACGAUGUAUUAGAAAAUUUAGCUACUGAAGAAGAAGCUUAGUUCAAUGCUUGGAGAGGAUGAGGGAUGUCAUGGGGGUAUCCAGGGGCAUUUGUAAAGAUCAUUAUCUGUCAUUUCUGCUAUAAACGUAGUCCUUUGCCAAGGGUCCAGCAGAGUCUGCUGGAUUUGAGGGGCUGUUAUAACCUGGGCUCUUCGGUAGCUGCCGCAGGAUGCAAGCUAGGAAGCACGGUGGAAAGGUAGCACAGAUCUCUGUUUCCAAACUUGCACUUCCAGAUGUGUUUUGAGGGAUUUGUCCUAGAUCACAGCAAAGGUAUCUGUGAGGCACUAGAGUGCAGAGCUCUCCAUGUAUGUGCCGCCUCAGCUCAGCCUGCUGCUGCCUGCCCCAGCCCUGGUGCUGCUGCCCACAGGACUUCCCUGGCUGCUCUUGGCCUCCAGGAACCCUCUGCUCCUGAGCCAGGGCUGCGGUGUCUUCUCCCCAGGAGCAGGGAUGCCUACAGACAGCCGUCAGGCACCUCAGCUCAUUUCACGCACUAUAUAAAAGGAUCUGUUGAGCGUGUGUUGUCCCGUCAGAGUCCAGCUGGGAAAUGUGAAAACGGAAACAUUGGUUAAUGUUUAAAUCAUAGACACAUUGCAGGGAUUAAGUAACCUUGAGGAAGUGGCUAAUGCAGUUUGCUAUGUAUUCAGGCCUUACUUGACAAAUUAAAACUGUUUUAAAUUGGGCAGUCAACACCUGUGUGGGUCUGGUACAGCGGCGGGACAGUGUGGAUUGCCUGUUAACAGAAGAAACAUGCAAUGUAAGCAUGUUUGCUCAGCAUUGCAAAUACGGGAGCUUCCUGCUGAAUCUGUGCUUCUGCAAACUUUAGCCUAUGUGACCAAAAAUAUCUUAAAGCCAAGAAUAAACACGCAGAAAAGGAGACACCUAGAACAGCAUUUAAUAAGAAAAGAAAAAAAACUGAGGCCAUGGCUUAUAUUUAGACAAACAGAUGAAAGGAAGCACAGCAGAAUUCUUAAUUAUGAAGCAUGUUGUAUUAUGCAAAUAUUUUCUUGCAAUCCCUGACAGAAAUCCUACAGCUGAAGUUACCAAAAAAUCCACUUAUUUCUGUGUGUGACCUCUUCAAGAAUCUAAAGCUGCUUUUUUUUUUUUUC